AUGCUGGCCCGAACGUUGCGUUGUUGCAGCGCCGUUCCCAAAGUUCCCCGGGGCAUGAUGGAGGUGCGAGCACGCCGAGCGUUUGCAGUUGCAUCUACCGUGUUGGCCGGUGCACUGCUAGUGCUUCGCACACCUACGGCCGUGGCAAAGACGUUUGCCCAACCAUCGCCAGUCAUGGAGGUAGACCCGGAAUACCCGGGAACUGCCGUCGAACGUCUCAGGAACAUCCAGGCGCGGGUGAAAAGCUUGACGCCCGAGGAUCUGAGCAAAGACUGGGAGGAGGUGCGCCGGAAGAUCUUGUGGGCCGGGGGCCUCAAGGAUCUUCCACGCAAUGUGCCUGGACAAGGCUACACAGGCCAUUCCUUUAACGAUGACAACCACUGCGAUCUCACCCCCAUGCUGGGAGAGGUAGCACACAAUCUCCAUGGUGGGGAGAUUCGUGGAAUAGCAAUGGGAAAUCGGCUAGGCCCCGGCAUUGAGAUUGCGAGUCUACCCGAGCUCGGCCCCGGCGGGUCUUGGAGUACUUGCACGAACGGCUGCCAUGUAGAGCCACCACAGGAUGUGGCUCAUGUGCAGUUUAGGGCUCGGAUCGCCUUCAAGCUUGUGUGGACCCCGCCUCACUUCACCAGCUUCGUUUUGGUGGAUGACAGUGGUGCAUACCUCAAUCACGGAUCUCCAACUGGCGCCCUGCCCGACGUGCGCUCCCGAACCUCGAACUACAACCUUGUGAAGGGGAGCAAGUAUGCACGUGAGGCGGAGGCUUUGGCCGACCGCUCCGCUGGCAACCUAGAAUGCCCCGCGAAAAGGAGCGGCGUCGUCCUGCCGGACGAGAUCGACCCGUCCCUGGUCACUGAGAACCAGCAGCUUGCAGAGCCCAAGUCCUUUACUCUGGAUUCGACAGCCAAAGAAGGAGUAGCUUAUGUUGCAAAGCUCUUCACCAACGACCGCUUAUCGCGAGAGGCGUUCACCUUCCUUGCACCUGAGAAUGUGUCUGAGGAUGUGGCUGCGACCUUUGGGAAUGCUUUCGAGAUAGCCGAGAUGUCUUACCUCUUUGUAAGGGAUUCUGCAUCCAGACGCAAUGUGCUGCAUGACCUCGCUUUGGCACGAGACUUUCCUGAGGCAACCGCUCCUCAGGAAACUGAUUCACGCUUCCCCUUUCUUGAGUAUUCCGGUAGCGAGUCACAGGCGCGAAAGCGCCAGAGCCUCAUGUUAGUUCCUUUGGGUGCCGAACCCCCAGCGGCAAUCCCAGAGGUGAUAAGUGCCAAGCACGUUUAUGGCUGGUAUUCGGUGACGCUGCUUUUAGCUGGCCUGGCCACUGCCCAAAUCACUGCAGGAGAUGCCUUCGCGGGUGUGAUCUUUCUGGUGAUGGCUGGCUUUGUUGUCUACAUGGUGCAGGAUUCGUGCAAAAACAUGACAAUGUAUUGUCUAUUCAUGCUGGGACUUAUGGCAAGCUUUCAGUGCUUUUUUGACGCACUGGCUCUCUUGAGCGUUCUGGGUGGCCGCGAAACCUCCGUGUCCUCGGUGCAGGGUACUGAAGACAAUGUUACCGUGAUAACGAGAAUCACCCAGCACCCUUUCUUUGAUCAGUCGAUGGGCAAGCAGUACAACACCCAGUCUGCUGUUUUACUUGCGAGUCCGCUUGUGAUGUCACUGUUGGCCUCGAUGUGUUAUCUCUCCUACAAUGCCUUUUCCGAGUCGCUCUUCCAUGACGAAGCCGGGCCAAUCUACGAAGGUUGGGGUCAAGGCGCGAGAGCAUACGGUGCCUCAGAGAGCGCGGAGAGGACUCAGCCAUCUCCACCUCGGCUUUUCGAGGUUAUCAUGGACGGGGAGACAGUUGGUAACUGGAUCCUUGAGAUCGGGACCCGCUUGUUCGAAGAGGGCUCCCUUCCGGGCCUACCAUCUUGGGAACAAGAGGAGUCCCCCGAGUGGCGUGUCUCGCUGAAAGCAUGGGAAGAUGCCCUGGAUGUGGCCAUGGGCCCGCGCUUUGCUGAGUUGGUGGAAAGGUCUUUCAAGCAGGCAGAGGCUGGCUUCUACCAGCUGGGCAGGCUGGCUCCGCGCCUGGCAGGGCUUCGAUGGCUCAGCUGCAUGGCCUGGAUCCAGUGCAGAACGAGGGCCGUGAUGGAGGCCUCCUCUGGUGGUGGCAACUGCAGCAUACCCACGGCAGCGGCCUCCACCGCAGCAUGUGACGAGGCAAAGCGCUUCAUCUUCAAAGCUUUAGACACUGUCGUGUCGGAGCCGAAGGUUCGAGUCCUUUUUGACUUCGAUCUGGUUGGAGAGGGCGUCCAGACCCAAGCGAUAGCAACUGUUGACGUUUCGUCUAGCGAUCUUGUCCAGCACCGGCGAGCUUGUGAGUUUGACCUUUGCCGAAUCGCCCAUCAGGUGGAGAAGGCCCCCCCAGCAGAUGUGAACGCUUCCAUCCCACGCUUGCUCCUGAUGCAGCCUUAUGGUACUCCUCACAAGCGUCUCCGACUUCCGGAGGCUCAGAGAGCAGGGCUUGGGCCGAUCGACAAAUCUAGAGUAUCUAAGUAUCUAGAAUCUAGAGGGCUGAUAUACUAUGUCUGCAUUAAAUUGUUUGCAAGCGAGCUCGACAUUGUCGCAGCAGUGCAUACACUGUUAGCCGAGCACGUCCCUAGAUCCGGAAUGACAUUAUUGUUUCAACGCGGCCUUUCAACUGCAUGA